GCACACUUGCCACUUGGUCGACGUUCAUGACCACAUUCGGUGCAUCGGCUGAACAGAAACGGCGUAUCAAGGAGACGUCCGACAAAGAGGAGGCCGCAGUGAAGGAGGCGUUCGGUGACGAGUCUGAACGCAUGUUCCAGGUCCACGGCCCCGGGACUCGUCCAGACAGGCAGCGCAGAGGCUACGGCAACAUGCUCAUGGCCAUGGCCAACGCUGAGGCAGACGAACUCGGCGUAGAGUCGUACGUUGUUACCUCAGCUCACAACGUGAAGUUCUACGAGAGCUGUGGGUACGUCGUGGCGAAGCGGUUUUUUGUUGGUGAGGGCAACCCGGCCUAAUCCGGCGUGGAGUCAACCUCCGGUUGUGGGCUGCAUCGUGCGUGGAGUUCCGUCGCUGUGAUAUCUGAUUCGUGCCUGGGAGACAUCCAAAGUUCUCUUCGACUUCGAACCAGUCUGCGCUGCAUACCAACGCGAUCACAUACUUUUCGCCCACCAGGGUCCUUCGCUGUCU